CACUCGCUUUCCUUCAACGACUGCUUUGUCAAGGUGGCCCGCUCCCCCGACAAGCCCGGCAAGGGCUCCUACUGGACCCUGCAUCCUGACUCCGGCAACAUGUUUGAAAACGGCUGCUACCUCCGCCGGCAAAAGCGCUUCAAGUGCGAGAAGCCAGCAAACAGCAAAGCCCCUCAGGAGGGCAGGAAAGAUCAGGCCGGGGCUUCCAGUUCCAGCUCCAACUCCCCCCUGCACAGAGGCCACAAUAAACCCGCACAGCUGGACACCGCCACCUCCCUCUCCAGCUCCAACCCGUCCACCAGCCCCCAGUCUAUGGACCACAGCGGAUCGAGCACGGAGCUAAAGACCUCGGCUUCGGCCGCCUCCUCCACUAUCAGCUCCGCCUUGGCUUCCGUCCCGCACCCCCCUCACUCCUUAGCCCACGAACCCCAGCUUCACCUCAAGGGUGAUCCCCACUACUCCUUCAACCACCCCUUUUCCAUCAACAACCUCAUGUCCUCCUCGGAGCAGCAGCACAAGCUGGACUUCAAAGCCUACGAACAGGCGCUGCAAUAUUCCUCCUAUGGGGCCAGCAUCCCUGGAGGGCUGCCCUUGGGCAGCGCCUCCAUGGCAGCCCGGAGCAGCAUCGAGCCCUCAGCCCUAGAGCCCUCCUACUACCAAGGUGUGUAUUCCAGACCCGUGCUAAACACCUCCUAG